CCAGGACUCGUCAGAAGGCAUACCAAGGUCCGUGAUGAUCGAGAAAUUCCGUGACGGAGAAGAGGGGCUCAACCGAGCCAUCAAGGCAGGCGGAGUUCAAGAGUGGACGGUGGACGGCGUCCCCUACUGCGCGAUCAGGACCGUCCAGGUUGGCACGAGGCACGACGUUGUCGACAAGAACAGGCUCAGCAUCGGCAAGAAUGCGACCGAAGAGCAGGCGAAGAAGAUCCAAGAAGCAGUUAACAACAUGAACUUCGGUUUCCAGCUGACGAAAAAGGAGACAAGCAAGCAGGCCAGCAGCGAUGAGCUGCCCCAGAAGGCGAUCGACAAGCUGUCCACGGCCCUAUGCAUCCUCGAGAAGCUGCUCAAGGACGGUGAGAAGAUGUUCGACAAGCUGGUUACCAACGGAGUGCCGCCAGCUGCGGAGGGCAUCAAAGAUCAGCUGGAGGUCGCGGUCGAGGCGUGCAGUGUGGACAAGAAUGCGCUGACGAAGAUGUACCGCUUCAGGAAGGCAGCCGACAACUCGAAGUUGACGAUCCCCGCUGUUCAGGAGGCCCUCGCGACGUGCGCAGUGGACUGCGAGAAGCUGAAGGAGGCGAUGAGCCUGGCCAAGAGGUUCGCGAAGUAAGCGAGCACGUGAGGAUGAGGAUGUAAAAAUGAUGGAGAUUAUGAUGGUGAUGAGGAGCCCAACGCAAUGCAAUACAUCCAACGCAACACAGCCAGCGUGAGUUAGAUUUCUGAGACAACUAAGUGCUCUGGCGCAACGCGCGCGCCGAGCUGUCCUGCGUUGCUGGAGCGAUCUGGCGCGGCGCGGUCGACUGAA